AUGGUUACGGAUUCUACCCGGUGCAAAGGGAAGUCCUUGGCGGACGCUUCCCCGGACAGCUCACGGGCACAGUUUCUGCGCUGCUUUCGACCACUCCACAUCCUAUCGAGCACGUUUGCCCUGUGGCCCUUUGCUGCUCAUGAGUGGACGGGACCGGUCGCCGGCGGUACGGGCUGCACGCGGUGCAGCGUACUGUACGUGUUUGCCAUCGUUACGGCGUACAGUGCGUUUCAUCUGUACAUUAACUACACGGACGGGUACGGCAUCGCACCGAACGAGACAAGUGCCGACAGCCAAAUGGCUCCAACCGCCACCACCCAGCAACAGGUGGAAGCGAAUUUCGUUUCGAUAGUGAUCGACAUCUACAACCGGUACUCGGGGCUGGUUUUGUUCUGGUUGCUGCAUACCGUUGCCCUUGCCACCCAACGCUCGCUGGUGGCCAUCGUUUCCGGCGUGCUGCUGAUUGACGCACAGAUUGUGCAACGCUUGUCGCUGGUGCCGAACCACGCCCAAUGGUGCCGAUCGAUCUGCCUUCAUACGGCGUUCAUCUUUCUCGCGAUCGGAGUGUCCGAGUAUCACAACUGCAUCAUGUACAUGAGCGACUACAUACCCGCGUCCGAGUACUGCAUCUUCCAGUGCUUCAUCACUAUGCUCACCAGCUCGACGGUCGAAAUUCAGUACGUGGCCUUUGUGCAGUUGAUUAAAAAUCGUCUCCAGCUGAUCAACGAGCUGCUCGGCGAGUUGAGCGCGUACACCAGCGAUGAGGAACAGACCCACUACGACCGUUUUCGGCUCGAGCGGUCCACCAAAAGCAUUCACCCGCGCGAUUGCGCCGCGGGUGGGAAAACAACCGCGACCGGCCAUUCGCCGGAGUUUCUGUGCGAAAUCACUCCAUCAUACCCACGGGCCCAUCAAUCGUUAACCGAUCCGGGGCUCAGCACAAAUCCCUUCGCCAAGCGUGACCCACCAGCGGCCGGCCAACCAUCAAUCCCCCGGGGCGAUCGGCAAUGGCAUAAAAUCAGGCAGCAGCAUAAAAUAAUUACGGUCAACCAGGCGCCUCCAUCGCGAUCGCAAAAUGCUCCGGGCGAUGGUGACGGCGAGCGCGGUACACUGUCGGGCCAAUUUCCGCUGCUCGUUGCCAGCCUGAUGCAUUCACAGUCGAAAGCGUGCGAACACAUCAGAACGAAAAUAAUUAAUGAUAUAAAAAAUUUAUACACACAUUUGCAUUUAUUAUCGCUGCAUAUUAAUAAAGCGUACGGGGCGCAGUUGAUUUUCAUCCUGCUGACGCUGUUCGUAACGCUCACGACGCUGCUCUACUACUGCACGAUGAAACUUUUCCGAAUGCUCUGGAUGGGUCGGUGGGCAUCGUCGAGCGAGCUGAUGCUAACCUUCUGGGCGGUUUUGAGCACACUCUCCUGGGCGUUCAUAUCGACAUUUCGCAUCCUGCGCAUCUGCAACGUGUGUAAUUCGGCAAAAAACGAGGCACAAAAAAUAGGCAGCCUCAUACACGGACUGGGCUGGAAAACAAAUUGUCCCGACACGAAAUCGAUGGUGCGUAUACUUUCUCUGCAGCUGCAGCAGCAGCGAAUUGAAUUUACCGCCGGUGGCCUAUUCACCAUCGAUCAUGGGCUAAUGUUUAAUAUCGUUGGUUCGCUCGCAACGUACCUUCUGAUAUUGAUACAAUUCGAUAUUGCACAGAAUGGUGCAAAGUGGAAGGCGGAACAGCCGGCGGCCGGGGGCUUUACCAAGCAGCCGGAGCUUUCGUAG